AUGGGAAUGGGUGUACUCGACGAUCGGUCUGGGUUGACCCGGGUCCCUGGCACAGUUGUCCUCGCGGAUAUCGAUCUCCUGCACACCGGGGCAGACAGCACUGCAGGACUCAAACGAGGUACUGGCAAGGACAAGGAUGUCAUUCUCGCCCCGCAACCGUCCAAUGAUCCGAAUGACCCUCUUAAUUGGCCAUUCCGAAAGAAAGUUGUGAUCGUCUUGGUUAUGGUUCUGGGAGCGUGCCUUAAUGCGUCUACAGUUGGCCCUUUGCUCAGUGCCAGUAUCGUGGUACUUGCAGGGGAAUUCAAUAGGCCUAUAACUGACAUCACCCUCCUCACAGGAUACAAUAUGGUUGUUGCAGGCGCCUCGUGCCCGCUGGCCUCGGCCCUGGCCACAAAGUACGGCAAGCGGCCGGUCUUUUUCGGCUCCUCCGUCGCGUGCCUCGUGGGAAGUAUCGUCGGCUCUGCCAGUCAAGCUUAUGACAGCCUUCUCGCUGCUCGAAUCAUCCAGGGCCUGGGGUUUGCAGCAUACGAGUCACUGGCAUUCAGUGUGGUUGGUGACCUGUUUUUUGUCCAUCAGCGUGGUGCCUGGGUGAAUGUCAUCUCCUUUACUUUAUCCGCUGUAUCCAACCUCAGCUCGGUCAUUGCAGGGCCCAUAACAUACAAGCUUGGCUGGCAUUACCUUUUCCAUAUUCUGGUCGCCGCCUCUGGUCUGCAAACAGUCCUCUGUUUCCUUUUCGUGCCCGAAACGAGCUACAUACGACAUGCCGGCCUCAAACAACAUCCGGCCGUGGGAGACGAGAAGACCGAUGUGGAAGCGGAUGCAGGUGCAGAGCAUAUCGAGACUGCUGAAGGGGGCGAAUCAUCGAACGGCCCACGGUCCCCGGCUAAGACAUUCUGGCAAGAGCUAGCCCUCUAUACUGCGGUGUACAGCGAAGAGAGCCUGUUGAGGUUGAUAUUCGGUCCCUUUGUGUGUCUCACCAAUGUAGUUGCAUUGUGGACGGUCGUGGUCACAGCUGUGAUCACAUCAACCUACGUUGCGAUAUCCUACGUGGUGGCACAGAUCUUUUCACCGCCGCCAUACUUGCUAUCAAGCGCGCAGGUUGGGUAUCUGUCCGCAGGGCCCUUCAUCGGCGGCGUUAUCGGCACUGCCCUCGUAGCAAAGACGACGGACCGUCUCGUGGUGUGGAUGGCGACGCGUAAUAAUGGGGUCGACGAGCCUGAAUUCAGGCUCCCGCUUGUUGCAUUCGCGUUCCUCUGUACUGGCGGCCUCUGCGGCUUUGGUGCCUUAGCUCAAGAGCAGGGAAACCUGUACUUGAUCGACUUCAUGUGGGGGCUCACACUGGCUGGGAUCUGUUUUUGUGUUGGCCCGUGUUCGAGCUACGCAAUCGACGCCUUCCGCGAAAUGAGUAACGAGAUUUUCGUGGCGAACGUCAUGGUGAAGAAUUUCCUCUUCUAUGGCUAUAGCUACUUUAUCAACGACUGGAUUACGUCUGAUAGUACCGCGACUCCCUUCUAUGUCUUUGGGGGCGUUAGUGCUGCGCUGGUUAUUUCUACGUUUCCGGUCUAUGUGUUGGGGAAACGCUAUAGAAGCUUCUGGCAUACCCACAACAUCAUGGUGAAGCUGGGAAUUCAGGGCCAUGCCGAGAUAUAG